AUGGCGGUGCGCGUGGGAAGGCCUCUCCUCCAGCUCUUGCGGACGAGAAAAUUACCACAAAUAUAUAGGAUCCAUAACAUAUCUGGGGUCUCAUACCACACAAAGCCCGGGGACCACGCUUCCAGAAGAUUGCAGUCAGUCCCACAGAGCACACAUGUCUCCAGGAGAUGCCUGUCUAUUGGAACACAAGACACUCCAAACCCUAAGAGCCUCAAGUUCCUCCCUGGUAAAGCUGUGCUGGGGAGUGGGACACUGGAUUUCCCCUCCUUAAGCUCGGCAGAGUGUUCCACAUUAGCCAGAAAUCUCUUUGACAUCGAAGGAGUAAAAAGUGUUUUCUUUGGCCCAGAUUUCAUAACACUGACAAAGGCAGACGACUGGGUGGAGUGGACAGAAAUAAAACGUCACGCCAUGGACAUCAUCACUACCUAUUAUGAAAGUGGAGAGCCCAUAACCAUUGGUGCAAAUACGAACGACAGCAGCCAUUGUGAAGAUGAUGAUGAAAUAGUGUCUCUCAUAAAAGAACUGUUGGACAACAGAAUCCGGCCGACGGUACAGGAGGACGGAGGAGAUGUUAUCUUUAAAGGCUUUGAGGACGGAGUUGUGAAACUAAAGCUCGUUGGUUCCUGCACAGGCUGUCCAAGCUCCACUGUUACUUUACGAAGUGGUAUUCAAAACAUGAUGCAAUUUUACAUCCCUGAGGUUGCCUCAGUGGAGCAGGUUGAAGAUGAAGUUGAUGAAAUCAAUGCAAAGGUUUUCCAAGAGGUUGAACAAAAAUUACUAAAAUAA